AGACCAGGUUAAACUCACUUUUAUCCAAGCACUGAUGAAUGGAAUGAUUACAAGCCUUUCUUGAUGACAGAAAUACAGUAACCGGCAGAAUCAGCUGCUGCAAAAAGCUCCUGGCCUCUGAUAUUGGAUCUCAGCUACAAUGUUCUCCGCGUGGAUUCUGCAUAUGGUUGGAUUCGCUCUGCUGGUCAGGGGAGACAUCAGUGAUGAACAGUGUCCUCUUCAUGAAGUCAAGCCUGGGAAAGAAUCUGCAGUGAUGGAUUCCUUGCAGUGCCACAAUGACUACAUGAGCUAUGCACAGUGCACAUGGGAGGUCGAUCCACAUGUUCAUCCACAAGCUACAGAAAACAUGCAUGAAUUGUACUACUGGGACACAACUUUAGAAGAAGAAACACUUUGCUUCUCGAAUAGAUCCGGUGUGCUUUUAUCCAGUGGGAAGAUCUCUCACAUGUGUCGCUAUAACACUGAAAGGUUUAACACAGGAACAGAUCACAUUCUCUACUUCAAAGUGCCCUGUGUACCCAGAGCCACGACUCUCAGAGUUGCUCAGAAAGGAAAAGUUAGGGCCCCAACUGUCUUGACAGAGACGUUGGCUGAUAACGGAGGUCGUCUGCUGUCCUGGAGAAGCCCGUAUCCGGCAUCCUCAAAAAUCGCUGGAACUCUUGUGUACCAGCUUCAGUAUCGCAUAUACAUGCAUAACUGGACUACUGUGGAUAACAUCAAUGCUUCCGAGUAUAUGAUUGAAAAGGAGUCACUGUUGGGUUACCAUUAUCAAGCCAGAGUGAGUGCGCGAGGCCCUCUAGGAGACUGGAGUGACUGGAGCCCCCUGGUGUCCUGGAAGACUCACAAUGAUGGAGCCUUUAACCUGCAGUGUGUGAUAAUGGAAGAAACAACUGUGACGUGUACCUGGCAAAUGAAGACAGAACAUUAUCAGUUUAUGUCUUAUCAUCUCUGGUGCAGUAAUAAUGAUAACACUGAACCCUCAGCUUGUUGCGAAGAUCCUCAGCUUCAGUCGAGCGACGUUGAGCUUUCUGAGUUUGUGUGUUCUGUAAAUACCCCUGACCCUUACCUGUUAACAGUGGAGCUGAGACCAGUGUACUACACUAGGACGUUCAGUACUUCAAAACACAUUCACCUUUCACAACCUGGCCAGAUCCAUGUGAAGGAAGUAGAUGGUGUUUUCAUACUGAACUGGACUGAACCUGCUGUUUCCGAAGAUAUUGAAUACUCCAUCCAGCUAAAAAUCUCACCCAACAAGGCCACAGAGAGCUUUGCUAAGGGGAGCAACGAUUUUGAGAUUCCCUCUACGAUUCUAGAUCCUUCAACUGAAUACCAGGCCCAGAUCAGAUUAUUGCAUGUACCUGAUGGUGUUUAUGAUGUUCAGCCAUCAGAAUGGUCGCAGCCAGCAGUGUUCAAAACUAAGCCAGUUUCAUCGCCCAUCAGCUCUGUAAUCUUCAUUUUGACUGCUGUGUUUGUGGUCGUGCUUUUUGUCAUCGUGUACAACAUCCUUCCAGCCUUACACAGAAGGAUCAAGUUGUGGAAGGGAUCAAUUCCAUCGCCCAUAAAGAGCAAAGUGCUGGAGGGGAUGAUGAAGAAGUCUCCAAGCGGAUGGCCAAAUCUCCAGAGUGAGAAAGAGUCAACCUCCAUCUGUGUACUACUGGCUGCAGACAAUGUCAGUCUCUGCAAAAGCAGUGUCUCUUGGGAGCCGCGUUUGUCACACAGUGAAGAUGCUGUUAAAAUGGCACGGUCAGGUGGAUCAAACCACUUGCACGCCUAUGUGAGUGAAGGCAUGUGCAAGGACAAAUCAGGCAUGAACUUCAGCGGACCUUAUAUUCUGUGCUGCGAGGAACCCUGCACCCAGGUCAAAUUUCCUGAUGCCUCUAUAGACAGAGAUCACAUAUGUGUGUCGGGAAAGUCUGAGAAUUUUGCUCCGGUAAAUGGAGGCUACGUUGUAACUCCUCCCAGUGCCAUGCCAGCAACUCAAAAGCCCAUCCCCGUCGACAGCCCUACCAAUAACCCUUCAAACGAACCCCCUGCGUACACCCCCGGCCCAGAUCAGGGUUGUAUGGUCCUCCCUCAUCCAUCUGGAUACUUCACAAUGCCAUGUGUCGUCACGGACUAGUCAGAACUGAGGAUAUGUGAAGAUUGCACAUUCUGGAACAUAAUGACCAAGGACUCAAUGACUGUUAGUUUGGUGCUUUAAAAAAAAAGAAAAAACAUGAAGGGCCUUACAGGCUCAAAGAAUGAGCCAGAGGUGGAAGACCAGAGCUAAGCACAAUGAGUGGAGCACAGUGAAUGUAAUUCAAAUCUUUGCUUUAUAUAAACUGUCACUUUAUGAGCAAUGUCUAGUGACAGAUGAAUGUUUCGCAUGCUCAUAAUGAAAGGGGGUGAAAGACUCAUUGGAGCUUAAGUAGGACUUUGAGUUGCAGCUGUUGUACUGUGAAAGUCUCACCAACGGAUGGCAGUGUUGCUUUAAAUGAAUGUAAGAAAAGUCUAAUUGUUUUCUCAUUUCCUCAGUGCAAACCGUGGAAAGCAAACAACGCAUUAGUCGAAAAUGACACAGUGCCUCACAUACCCACAGCAGGGAAUGUCUUCUUUUCUUCUUCAUAAGCUUUUGCAGUUAAUUCAGCUUGACAAACACUGGCAGCCUCAUUCACUAACUGUGUACGCAGGUAUUUGUGCGCAAAAUCUGCUUUUCACGCAGAAAUCACGUUCCAUCAGUAAGGUUCCAUAACUGACUGAAUGUAGCCUACAAGCACAUUGAUUUAUUAGUGAAUGGGGCGCAUUUUGUAUAUAAGCAGUGCUGUUUUGGAUUUUUGCAAUCUUUAUACUUUUUAAAACAUUUAAAAUGAAAGUUUUUUUUUAAAUCUCUCUAACUUACAUUGUGUUAAAAUAUUGCGGAUGUUGUUAUGUGUCAUCUAAAAC